AUGUCUGAUCUUGCUCAACAACAAUUACAUUCACUCGUUCUUUCAGCCGAGUUGAAAUCAGAAAACGAAAAUGUCGAACAACUCGGUCCGAUCAUAAAAUCCAUUUAUGACACAGAACGACAAGAAGUUUUCCUUGAACAGUUAGCUACUUUUGUAAGAAAGAAAGAAGGCGAGAUUGAGCGGAUGUGUAAUAGUAAUUAUCAGGAAUUCGUACAUUCCGUAGAUCAAUUGUUAAAAGUUAGACAAGGAACUGUUAAUUUAAAAAAUAAGAUCAUUGAUUUGAAUUAUGAUCUUCAAAAAUCUGGAAAAAAAGUUGCUGCAAAGAAAAAGGAACUUAUCCAAACGCGUAAAAUUCAGAAAAAUAUUGAUGAAGCAGUGGAGACUUUACAAUUAUGUUUAAAUGUUCUUGACAUGGCCAAUCGAGUUAAUUAUCUAGUCGAAGAGCAAAAAUAUUAUUCUGCUUUGAGG